AAAUUAAUGAUCAUGAGCUCGUAUUUGAUGGACUCUAACUACAUCGAUCCGAAAUUUCCUCCUUGCGAGGAAUAUUCACAAAAUAGCUAUAUCCCUGAACACAGUCCUGAAUAUUACAGCCGCACGAGGGACACCAGCUACCAGCAUCACCACCAGGACUUGUAUCCACCGCGAGUGACCUACCAGGAGCGCCAGUAUAAUUGUGCAAGCAUUCCCGAGCCUGAGCCCCAACGAGGGCAUGGACUCACUCACUCGGGAAACCUGCUCGCGGGGAAGGCACAGGCAGCUCCACAUGAGCCCCCACCACCUUUACCCACGUCCCCCUCAACCCCACCGAACGCGCCGCCCGCCUGCAUUCAAGCUGCCCCAGAGCUGCCCACCAGCACAGCCGCGACUAAGCAGCCCGUGGUCUAUCCCUGGAUGAAGAAAAUUCACGUCAGUACCGUGAACCCCAAUUACAAUGGAGCAGAGCCCAAGCGGUCCCGGACUGCUUACACUCGGCAGCAGGUUUUAGAAUUGGAGAAGGAGUUCCACUAUAACCGCUACCUUACUCGGCGAAGACGCAUCGAGAUCGCCCAUUCUUUGGUGCUCUCUGAGCGGCAGAUCAAAAUUUGGUUUCAGAAUCGCAGGAUGAAGUGGAAAAAAGACCACCGACUACCCAACACCAAAGUUCGAUCCUCCACCACCUCCUCAGCUGCAAGCUCAGGAGCCAAUACAGUCACCACAGCCAGCAAUGUGGCGGCUACAGUUGGCUCCAAUACCGCGGUGGUCUCGGAUGAACAUUCACGGGUGUCUAGGGUCGACCGAGACCAGGAUAUUACAAGAUUAUAG